CAAAGUUAGGGUUGAAAAAAUAUUAUAAUCAAUUCGUUUUUCGUUUUUGAUCAUUGUCGACUUAAAGUUGAAAGCUUUCUUGAAUGCCUGUACGAAUACGAUUACUAACCAUUCCCUAGGUCAUUCGCCCCCCUCUUCCUGUUCUGAUUGCAGAGAAUCCGAGCUUUCAUCGGAUUUGAUCAUGCAUGUUCACUUUCUGAAGAAUUAGUUUAUGCAUCGGAUGACAGCUUAUCACUUUUUGGAGGUUAAAAGCCUGAUCCGGUUUCUGAGGAAUGUAGUUGAUGCCUUUUUGUAGAGAAGUAUUUAGUAUCUCCUUUAAUAUAUACAAUAGAGUAGAAGAUGUUCCAAGUUCAAGGCGCUUCAAGGAAUUCUUGCAGUCUCCUUGCGGUGUUGUGCGGGAAGGCUUUUGAAGGUGAUAAAACGCUUGAUGUAGGUAGCAAUUUGAGAUAUCCAUUUCCAGAGGUUGCUUCUUGUGGACGUUUGGAGGUUCAAACUCUAAAUAGUCCAAGCAUAGAGGAGUUCAGGCGAGCUCUUGAUGCAUUGCAUCCUAGUUUUGUGUAUCUGCAAGGACAACACCGUCCAAACAAUGAAGUUGGACCUCUGUCGUGGGCAGGGAUUGAGUUGUCCAGUGAAGAAGGGGUGGCUGGGCUAUUUGAAGCAACAACUCCAACCACUGUUUAUCUGGAGGUACCAGGUGGAGAAAAGUUGGCUGAGGCAAUUCAGUCUAAGGGAGUUCCUUACGUGAUAUACUGGAAGAGCGAAUUCUCGUGUUUUGCAGCUUGUCAUUUUCGGCAUGCAUUGUUUUCAGUUGUCCAGAGUUCUUCUAGCCAUACAUGGGAUGCUUUUCAUGUUGCAGAGGCUUCAUUUAGGCUUUAUUGUCUAAGAGACGACCUAGGCCUUCCCUCUAAUAACCCGGAAAUUAAGGGAAAGUUGGGUCCUUCUCUUCUUGGAGAGCCUCCAAAGAUUGAUGUUCCUCCACCUGAGAUAGGUGUAGAAGAUGAUGAAGAGGGCUCCUCAGAUGAUCUCCCGGCUAUUAAAAUAUAUGACGACGAUGUGCAUGUUAGGCUUCUUGUAUGUGGAGAGCCAAGCACACUGGACGACUACUUGUUUGAUGCUUUAGAAGAUGGCCUGAAUGCUCUCUUGAAUAUUGAAAUACGUGGGAGCAAACUCCAUAGUCGAGUCAGUGCUCUACCACCACCUUUGCAAGCAGCAACAUUUUCCCGUGGUGUUGUGACAAUGCGAUGUGAUAUAUCAACAGCCAGUGCUGCCCAUAUUUCACUUUUGGUGUCAGGUAGUGCCCAAACGUGCUUUGAUGAUCAGCUCAUGGAAAACCAUAUAAAGAGUGAAGUGAUUGAGAAAAGCCAGCUGGUCCAUUCUCUACCAGCAAGUGAGAAAGACAAAAUGUCCCAUUCACAUCCACGGAAAUCUGACUCGGUUGCUUGUGGUGCAACAGUUUUUGAGGUCCGCAUGAAGGUUCCCUCGUGGGCUUCCCAGGUUCUAAGGCAGCUAGCCCCAGAUCUUUCAUAUCGUAGCUUAGUUGCACUUGGGAUUGCCGGUGUACAGGGACUAGCUGUUGCAUCAUUUGAGGAACUUGAUUCAGAGCGCCUUCUUUUCUUUGUUAGGCAGGGAAAAGAUCUUACUCUGAGCAAUUUGUGUUCGGAAGAUGCUCCUAUCUGGUUGAAACCACCUCUUCUUAACAUAAAUAGAUUUGAAAUGUGCAAAACGAGUCCAGACCCUUACAAUGGAGUGGUUUCUGGAGUUGGUUCAGUUGUGAAAAGCAAAGAAAACGGGAUUAGGUUACAAAAUGGCACUUCAACACAUUUGACUCCUUCAAUUAACAAACGUAACAUAGCUGCAAUGAGGCCCAUUCCUCAUGUACGUAAUCAGAAAAUGCUUCCUUUCUCCACAGCAUUUGAGGUAGACGGACAUGAUGGAUUCCAUGUAAAGCCUGGUUUGCCCAUUGUUCCUUCUUCAAAGCACGGUUUGGUGGGAUCAACUCCCGUGACCCAACGGAAAUCGCAGUCAAGCUCUUUCCACACUAAGCAGAUCAUUUCCCUGAAUCCCCUGCCUCUUAAGAAACAUGGUUGUAGAAGAAGUCCGAUACAUGUUUGUUCGGAGGAGGAGUUUCUGAAGGAUGUGAUGGAGUUCCUUAUCCUCAGAGGGCAUAACCGUCACAUUCCUCAAGGUGGACUUGCAGAGUUCCCAGAUGCGGUCCUUAAUGCUAAACGUUUGGACCUAUUCAAUUUGUAUAGAGAGGUUGUUUCGAGAGGCGGAUUUCAUGUCGGGAAUGGCAUCAACUGGAAAGGGCAGGUGUUCUCAAAAAUGCGCAACCAUACGAUUACCAAUAGAAUGACCGGAGUAGGGAACACGUUAAAGAGACACUAUGAAACAUAUUUGUUGGAGUAUGAGUUGGCCCAUGACGAUGUCGAUGGAGAGUGUUGCCUAUUGUGUCAUAGUAGUGCAGCUGGUGAUUGGGUUAACUGUGGGAUAUGUGGCGAGUGGGCCCAUUUCGGCUGCGACAGGAGACAGGGUCUUGGUGCAUUCAAGGACUAUGCAAAGACAGAUGGUCUAGAAUACAUAUGUCCUCAGUGCAGCAUUUCAAAUUUCAAGAAGAAAGUUCAAAAAACAUCCUCGAAUGGAUAUUCUUAGACAGUUCGAUCGAUCCAACAGUUGGCGGCGGGUGUUGUCUCUUUUCCACAUCAAGUAAAAUGUAUCAUUAAGUUUUCACCAUAUAUGCUUGCUGCUGAUGAUGAAGGUGGAGGAAAUGGUGAAAAUUAAAGCUUUUGCAGAUGAAUUAUUUCUGCUGCUGGAUUCUGCAGCAUAAUAUAGUUCAAUCUUUUUAUUUAACAAAAAAAAUAAUGACACGGCAUAUUGUAAAAUCUUGUAGGCUUAUAUUUUUUUUAUUGUUGAGUGAAUUUAACCAUAUUGUUAUCAUUUUAUUAGAAGUGGUCAAAUCUAUAAACUGGGAUUUGUAUUCUAUUGUACUAUAAUUUUAUAUAUAUAUAUAUAUGAAGAAAUAUAUUCCACUGACUUAUUU